AUAAACCCAUUUUAUAAUUGGGCUUAAAUUGAUUCAGCCCACUUCUAACCGUUUGUGUAUCGUGAGGAAUCUCUUGCUUCUCUUCUCUCAGCAAAACUUCAAGUUCUUCUCUUUCGUUUUUCGGAUUUUCUCUGUAACUCAAACACCACUUAGUUCAUGUUCCUCCAAGUGAUAUUAAAUAAUCUCGCAGAAGAAAAUCAUGUUAACGAACCAUGCGAGGUCUGUUAAACGAAUUCUAAGCACCAGAAAAGCAGUUGGGGUUGCAUGCCGGCGAACUUUUGCAACUGGUAAAGCAAAGAAAGGAUCUAAACCUUCUGAUGCACCCAAAGCAUCAACUCUUAGCAAAGAUGUCAAGGCAAGUACAGUCGUAGGUGCCAACAUUCUCAAGGAUGGAACUGAUCCAAAAAUCCUGCCUGCUGCAGACUACCCUGACUGGUUGUGUCAGCUGCUUGAUAAACGCCCCGCGUUAAGUGAAUUACGUAGGAAGAAUAUCGAAACACUCCUUUAUGGGGAUCUAAAACGCUAUGUUAAGCUGGAUAAGCGAGCCACGAUCAAGGAUAAUAACUCUCUGAAGGCAAAGAACUGAUUCAGUAGUAACAAAUAAAUAUAACUUUUUCUCUCCUUAUCUUCCUUUCCACCCAGAAAGGUCAAGUCAAAGAGGCCUUAGAAUGAGAAAGCACUUCUCAUCAAGAAGGGAGGAAAAUAAACUAUGUAAUUCUUGGUAUUGUGAAUGUUCAUAGACACAUAUGCUGUAUUGUUUCUAUUAUAUGUAAACCUUUUUUUGUUACUUUGAUGAUUUUCAUUUUGUUAAUGGUAGUUAAAACCUGCUACGUUACGAGGCUUA